ACGUUUAGUUUUCGCGAGUUGUUUGAUCGGGCCGGUUGUUAGUUAGAUGAGUGGUCGUUGUGUGUAGCCUGUAGGUAGUUUCCGAUAUCUGCAGAGGAAUGAGCGUUUUAUUGAGCUUUUUAUUCGACCAAUGAAGUAACGUGAUCAUUUUAUGCGAUUCCAGUCCCUGCAAAAUAACUGUGUUUUUAUUGCGGAGUUUAUAAAUUUUUGAUCGUAGGAGAAGAGAUACCCAAGUGAAACUGGUGCUACUUUUUUGCGAGUAAUUUGUUAAUCAAGAAAAUCGAAGAAGAUAGUAUCCAUAGUGGUGCUGUGGUUUGCAAGGAUCAGCCAUCAUUAUUCGUCAAGCCGUCACACGAUUUCGCGGAAUGUAUAUUCGAAUCGAAGCUAAUUAAAGUCAACCCAUACAAGAACGAAGCAGCAAGACGACCACCCUUCUCUUUUUUUGGGACCAGAAUGAACGGAACCGGCGGCAUCGCAAAGUGAUGUCACUCUCGCCAUUCUCGUCCAGACCGCGCAGCGACAACAACCACGCAGAAAAAGUUCACGUUUCUACGCAAGCUCAAUUGUACACGUACAGUGCGAGAUAAGUGCUAUGUGAUGUUAUUUCCAGUAAGUGCAAACAGAAAUCUGAUGUGAUGAUUCUGUCGAAAAGUGAUGUCGACACUACCUGAUGAAGCGAAGAUUAGAAGUGUAGUGACAAAGUGAGUCACAUUCGUGGAAAAGUAAGAUGAAAUCUGUGGUUAUGUGAUUAAAGUCUCCGAGUGAUACAUGUUGUAUAGCUAAAAAGUUAAUUUUUUUCGCUUAUAUGCAGAGAAGAUUUCUAGUUAUUGAAUACCAAGUGUUAAUGUAUGUCAGCGCCGGUAUUUUCAAAAUCCGUUAGAAGGUAUCCAUGUUAUAAGGGUGCGACAUCGUUUAGUAAGUGCCGGUGAUUCCACAGUUGCUAAUUAGGCUGACAAAUAGCCGUCAAGCGGAGUUGGAAUAGCCGGACUAAUACAAUGACCGUUACCUACACCGCCGAGGUAGCCACAUGCCGGGGCUUCGGUUGCUUCUUGAAACUGCUGGUCAGAUGGCGGGGUAGCAUAUACAAAUUAGUUUGGCUAGAUCUCAGUUGUUUUCUACUGUUGUACUACGUUUUAAAUAUAACCUACCGACUAGCAUUAGAUAAUCAUCAAAAACAAAUUUUUGAAGAAAUCGUACGAUACUGUGCCACCUAUAGUAACCUCAUUCCAUUAUCGUUCGUACUUGGUUUCUACGUCACAAUCGUGAUGACCCGAUGGUGGAACCAAUACACCAGCAUACCAUGGCCCGAUCCGAUUGCGGUUUUCGUCAGUGCCAACAUUCAUGGUCAGGAUGAACGAGGUCGCGUGAUGCGCCGAACCAUCAUGCGGUACGUGUGUCUUUGCCUUACGAUGGUGUUAACCAACAUUUCACCACGGGUUAAGAAGCGUUUUCCCACGAUCGAUCAUCUCGUAGAAGCCGGUCUGCUCAAUGACAACGAACACAAGAUUAUGCAUCAUCUAAAUCUGAAAUUUCCCCGACACUCGAAACACUGGCUGCCAAUCGUUUGGGCUGCUAGCAUUGUAACCCGGGCACGGAAGGAAGGUCGCUGCCGGGAUGAUUUCGCAGUCAAAACGAUCAUAGACGAACUGAACAAAUUUCGAGGUCAAUGCGGGCUGUUGAUCUCGUACGAUACUAUAAGUAUUCCGCUUGUAUAUACCCAGGUGGUAACGCUCGCCGUCUACUCGUACUUUCUGACCUCUGUGAUGGGUCAGCAGUGGAUUGAGACUAAGAAUCUCGGUGAUGGUGUAGUGAAUAAGAUCGAUCAAUAUUUCCCAGUAUUCACUACCCUGCAGUUCUUUUUCUACAUGGGAUGGCUGAAAGUGGCCGAGUCACUGAUAAAUCCUUUCGGUGAAGACGACGAUGACUUCGAGGUGAACUGGAUGGUGGAUCGUAACAUCCAGGUUUCCUACCUGAUUGUGGACGAAAUGCACCACGAGCAUCCAACGUUGGUCAAGGAUCAGUACUGGGACGAAGUGUUCCCGGUAGAGCUUCCCCAUACGGUGGCAUCGGCCGAAAUCAAAGAGGAGCCACCGCAACCGUCCACCGCUAACAUCGAGGUCAACCGGAAGGCAGCGGAAGUGAUUCCGGUGAUACCGUCGAAUGUGCGCGUAGAUGAAAUGGUCGGUAAAAAGAGUCAAAACUAUGACUACACGUUCCCUGAACAGCAGGGCAUGCUCGACGACGAGGCCGAUGACAACGCUAGUGGUAUCCACUUUGCCGCAUACGAGAACAAACCAUUCCAUAGAGGUGGCCCAUCGAACAACAGUCUCGCCAGUGUAGCACAGACUAUCACUCGCGUCAAUACGGUAGCUUCGGCAUUGAAGCGCUUCUUUAGCCGGGAUGAUGGCGCCAGCGCAAGUCGACCUCAAAGUGCCACACCAGAAUCACAGAGUGGACCGUUCAAGUUUCCAGGAUCGGUCAGUUCAUCGAACCUCACAGGCCGUUUGCCAGACCGGGCACAGGGAAGCAUUCGCAUCACUGAUCAGGUAAUCGAGGAAGUGGACGAACAACAGAUGACGAUAACCUCGAUUCAGGGUAAAAACGAUGCUAGACCGAUGGCGGCUAGCCUCUGGGAGCAAGGGCCCCUUAAACCAAGUGCUCCGGUUGAUGUGCCUCAACCAGCCUAUAAGCGAACGCAUUCGGCAGUUUCUCACGGAGAGUACGCAGGAACCGCACUGUAUCCACCGGGCGGUGUAGAGACACUGUUGAGUGCUUCCGCUCCUGUUGGAGGUCAAUUUGAAGGAAACUUUAUUCCAUUGAACAAUCCCCGAUAUGAACCUACUUUAACAGACAGCAAAGAAUCGCAGAAAACUAUUGGGGACGCAAUGGAUGGGGGCCCCGAUGAGGACACCAGUGAAGCUGAUGAUUUUGAAAAAUUGCGCCAGGUGCGGGAAAGGGAACGUAGUGAACGACAAAAAUACAAACUGGCUCGUUCAGUCAGCGGGCUAGGUCCUAUAGAUACUGAAAUUCUGUUAGAGAAGCUUACCAAAACGGCCGAUCAACAGCAGCAGCAGGAAGGACUACCCGGGCCUUCUGGACAGGACACACCAAACACCAAACGAUUUUCAGGUAUACCGGUAGCGCAAGCUGACACGACCUUAUGAUUCUACGUUUCGGAUGAAGACAAUGUCAUCGUGGUGAACGUUAAAGACGGCAGCUAGUACUAGGAGAAAUUCGUGAAUCUUUUUGUCCCCGGAUGGCACUGGCAUUGAGUGGUGAUACCAUUUAGGUUUUUGUUUAUCGAAAUCGUAUUCUUUUAGCUGUAAGACAAACGUUACAAAGCGCACCAUUUUUAUCAGUAUUGACUUUAUUGAAAUUACCUUUAUAAAAAAAAUUGUUGACGAAACGAUCAUUGCUAACGUGGAUUCGAGAAAUAUUGAUACCAGAUACUCAUUCUGACGUGUAUUUUCAUUCUCCCAGUCACUUCUCUUUGGCCAUGCUUUGCCUUUACGGUUAGGAUUGAAAGACGCACGGAAGCAAGCAAAAACCAGUGAUAUUUUUUAUAAUACGCACAAAAAGCAACCUGUUUUUCGAAAGACAUUUAAUAUAAGAAAGGUAAAUACAUAACCGAACCAGCAGUAGCAGUUGUUUGUCUUAUAAAGACUACAUUUUAUAUGCUGUUCGUUGGUGGGAACAUGAGAAAAUAAAUACAUCUACUAAAAACAUACGAAACGCCUUUGCAUCAACGUAUUUCUACAGACAAUAUUCUAAGUAGGAAGUUUAGAAACUUAAUCAAUGUGCUUCAUUAAUUUGCUGCAAGCCAACCGAUACUCUCAAAUAUUUAACAAGUGAAGUCCAUCAACCAUUAACAAAAUAAUAGAAUCAAUAUAAAAUAACUAUUAAUAAGAUAGUAGAUACAAAAAAAGAGACCUUAAUUUACCGGAAACCUUGAUAUACACAUACGUAUGAAUGCAUAGGAUACUGUAAGAUACGUAGGUAUUAUAAAAAUGUAUUGCACAAAUUAUAUGGUGAAAAAAACGAAAAUAAAAUUGAACUCGCCAGCCGUGCUACAAGAUA